ACAUAAUUAAUUUUAAGUAAUAAGAUAAUUAAAGAGGAAAUAUCUUAAAAUACCAUAAAAAGAAAUAUUGUUCUCCAAGAAUACCACCGCUUGUUAUAUAGGAAAUCUUCCUAAAACUUAAAAACUGUCAUAAUGAAGGGUUUUAGAGAAGGGUUUUAAGUUUCCAUUCGUGUUCUUGACUCUUUAUCUUAACCUAACUUCAUCUUUCAAAAUCAAACAACAAUGUCUUCUAUGAAUCCGAAUGCUGAGAAUUCGGCUUACCAAGGAGGAGAUUCAUCUGCUGCUUCGCAAGAUCCGAACAAAUCCAAAACAGUAAGUUCUGAUGACAAUUUGAAUGAAACUAAUAAGGAGAAAGAGGAAGAAGAUUGUGAUGAGUGUUGGCUUAGUCGGUUUUUGAAGAAAGGUGGGUGCAAGGAUGCAUUCAUAGAAGUUGAUCACUGUUGGGAAGUGAAAGAUGGCGGCACGAAUUGUCGAGAUGCUAGAUUGAAGCUGAAUACAUGUAUGUAUGCUAACGUCGAUUACUAUGGACAGUAUCUGGCGAUGCAGAAAGAGAGGUUUACUCAGUCGUUAAAGGAGUUGGAAAAAGGGGAGGAGGCAGCCGCUGCGGCCAAGAAGAAGGAAGAAGAAGAAACUAAGGGAAAGUGAGGGUUUAAUUUAUCACAACUUAUUUGGUUAAGACUUAUAUGUUAUUUGAUUGUUUUCUAUUACAACUUUGAAUGUUUCUGAUUAUUACUUUUGCUAUUGUUGGAAGAAUUUGGUUUUAAGGUCAUUGCUUUGUUGAUGCCCAUGA